CCAAUAAGAGUAGCCAUCAUUGGCAACGGCCUUGCAUCAGUCUGCGUUGCCAAAGGCCUGAAAGACAACCCUCGCUUCCAAGUUGCCAUCUUCGAAGGCAGCGAUGGCUCUUGGGUGCAGGGUCAAGCCUUUGGUCUCGGCUCAAAUGCACAGCGAGCUCUGGAGUUGCUGAAUCCGGAGUUGAGAAAAGCUCUUGAUGACGCAGGCGGAACGCCAUUGCCGAGAAGCGCGAAGAUAGGCACCGGUCCAGAUGCUGGCGAGUUCAUUGCGUACCUCGACAACACUUCUCCGCAGAUCGUGGUCGGGCGUGGCGUCUUUCAGAGAGAAAUCAACAAGACCAUUCCGGGCAUACCGAUAAAUACAAACGCGAAGGUCACGAGAGUCGAGCCUGGUAUAGAUAUAGGAAGUCCGGCCACGGUGCACUUCGAGGACGGCAAGUCAUUAGAGUUUGACGCAGUCAUUGGCGGUGACGGCCUCAACUCCGUGGUUCGAGCGGCUGUUCUGGGUGCUGACAAUCCGGCCACGAAACCGAGAGGCAUGGGUGGCUUCAACAUGCGUAUUGUGGUUCCACUCGAGAAGGGCAUCGAAGCGUUUGGCAAGGAGCAUUGCGAGGAAGACAUCCAAACUGGAUGGGUCGGCGACGGCGGCUUUCUGCUAACCGACAAGCUUGACAACGGCCAGAGCAUGCAAGUCAUCGCAGGCUGGAAGGAGCGCCCAUCUACUGGUACUGGCUGGCCAUACCAAGAACCCUUCCACGAGUGGUCGAAAGACGAAGUAGCCGAGGAUCUUCGCGGCUGGGGAAAUAUUGGCAAGGGUAUGGCGAAAUUGUUCGCCGAACAGGAAAAGCUUUUCGCUGCAGCUGCCAGAUCUCACAUUGGCACUACGAAAUACAGCAAUGGUAAUACUUGCACGAUCGGCGAUGCUGCAGAGUCCUUUGCGCCCGCAAGAGGAGCUGGCGCUGGCCAAGCCAUCGAGGAUGCCCUCCUCCUGCAAACAGUCCUAAAUCAAGUCGAGAGCAAAGCAGACAUCUCGAAAGCCUUGGCGGUUUACGACAGAAUCCGGCGGCCUAGAAGGUCGGAAGUUGCGCGCCAGAGCAACGAAGCCGGCCUUCUUCUGUGCGGCAGGUCCGACGCAGCAGUCGACAAGGAGAAACUGAAGAAGAAGUUCGAGAAUUGGAACGCUUUCAUCUACGAGUAUGACCUGGAAGGCAUGGUGCAAGAA